UUUUGCUAUAAAUUGGAGCCCAGAGCAGAGUGAUCAGAACAGCCGGACUCCUGGAACCCAGAUAGACCACAAGCCGCCCUGCAAACGUCUUCAGAGUUUUCUUUUGUCACGGACGCAAAGAUCAUCAGUAUGAAGUAUCUUGUGCUGUUGGCUACCCUGGUUCUGACCGUGAGCGCAGGUCCUACCUGCAAGUGUGAGGAGACGUCCAAGACCAAGACUUUCGCAAUAGAAAUCAACGAACGCGGCACGACCUUCACCCAGAAGGUGACUCUGGACUAUGAGAACAACUGGGCCCUUUUUAACAUCCCUCAACACAACACUGUGGAACAACAGGACAUUCUCUUCGACCUCAACACUCACCUGAUGGCGACUCUGCCGAGUGCAGGCAGCUUCUGUUUGAUUGACGGGCUUCCGGAGAAUUUCCCCAGCCUGGAGCAGAUGGGGGAAGGCUUUACUCAAGUUCAGGAUCCCAAAGCCCGUGUCAGCAGCAUGGUGGUGACCAAGUCCUACAAACGCGUGCUGAGUGAGCCGGUCCAGGAGAGAACCUCCCUGGGACCCAAGAUGACGGAGUUCUGUGCCCAGAAGCCGAUCUUCCAUGUGGAGACCAUGGAGUUCGCUUCAGGAGAAGGAAUCAUCGGAUUUCCGUCUGGUGAAAACGGCACAACUCCGGUCCCUCCUCCAAACAUGGGUGGGCAGUCCCUGGCUGCUCGUUCUAACCCUUGCAGCUACCAAGGUGGCUCGUACCAAGCCAAUUGUUACCCACCCUCCGGCUAUGACUGCUGCGCCCAGAGCGACAGCUGUUUCUUCCUGUACAACUGCGCACCUUCCGGUCAGUACGGCAACAUGCCCACCUACACCCAGUGCACCGGGAACCAUAACUACCAUGGUAUGGGGUGGACCUGCCUCCCUAGGUGUUAGAGAGUACUCGUUUGGCAAACCCGCAAUUUUUAGCUACAUCCAAUAUCGUUGUGCCAUUUGCAGUUCCCAUGAUCUGUUAGUACUCCAAAACUAUUUCUGAACGAAGUUUUUUUUCGAUCUUACCAUUUUAAUGAAUGAUGAUAUGGCUAAAUUCGUGGAUAUCAGUCAAUUUCAUUGAUGAAAUGAAUUGACUGAUUUCUUAAAAUCAGAACAUUGUGUAAUCAUUAGCUUUUUUUUUCUGAAAGAUAGCUUGUUGUGCUACGUGCUUUUCCGACCAGUUUGGUCGUGACAGUCCCAGAAAUGGUUGACUUAUUUGUUUGCUGGGUGUGUAACAAUAAAGUGCUUCAUAGUAACUAAA